AUGUCUGAUGAAGCUGGAAUUAAUGCACUGGAUAUCGGAGUGAAAUCUGGAUCACCUGGAAUUAUUCCAUGUCUUUAUGAUAAAAAACAUAAAGAAAACCGUAAAUACUGGUGUGAAGGGUCACACUGGGUCUCUUGCAGUAUAUUGAGAUAUACAAAUGAGACAGGAAAAUAUUCCCUCACUGAUUAUCCAGCCCAGAGUAUUUUUACAGUGCAAUGGGAGAAUCUGCAGACCUCAGACUCUGGAUAUUACUGGUGUGCUGUGGAGAUCAGAGGUGCCCCAGACGACGGAUAUUAUUUGUAUCUGACGGUACAAUCAGCUCCUGAUGUGUCUGUGGUGAGCAGCAGUGUCUCUGGACGUGAAGGUGAUGAUAUCAGUGUUCAGUGUCUCUACAGUUCUCAGUAUAAGAAUAAAGUCAAACAUUGGUGCAAAUACAAAGAUCAGAGCUGUUACACAGUGAGGAGGACUGACACAUCCCAGAAUCCAUCAGUCCAGAUCAGUGAUGAUGGGAGAAGAUCCUUCACUGUGCUGAUGACUGGACUGAGACUGACUGAUUCUGGCUGGUACUGCUGCUCUGUAGGAGAUCAACAGGUUCCUGUUCAACUCACGGUCACUAAACCCAAAAGAGCAUUUACAACUAUUCCAGCUGCUGCACCAUCUGACUCUGAGACAGACAUAGCUAUGAUUACCGAUUCAAAACCUGAGACAGACAUAGCUGAAACCCAUCCAUCUCCAACAGCAGCCUCAGAGACUGUUAAUAGUGAAAUACACAGCUGCAUGGAUGAGCAAAACAAGUCUGAUGUGUUUCUGGUCACGUGUUUGAUUACGAUGUUUAUGCUGUUACUGAUUGUCACUCUUGUUGCCAUAGUAACAUGGAGGCUGAGAAAGAAGCCUGCGAGGGGUCAAAUUAGAGAAGGACAUUUUAACAGCACCAGAAAUACAUCUUCUGCCGCAGUGGAUGAAAAUUCAGUGAUUUACAGUUCUGUGAUUACCUUUCGUAAAGCACCUCCAUCAUCACUGAAUUCAGACUCUGACGUGAUCUACAGCUCUCUGAAACAAACUCACAAGGCUGUGAGUUCUGAAUGAAGUAAUGAGAAAAUGAAAGUCAAUAAUUGUAAAUUGAUAAUAAAUCCAUCUCUAAAGUUUCAGUUUAGACAGUGUGAAGGUUCAAUGCUUAGCGUAUAUAACUAAAACAUGUGAGUCAGUGUUUUUUAAAUAUAUGCUGGUUGGCAAUACUGUGAAAACAAAAUCAAUUAUUCAAGCCUUACUGUACAUAGUUUUGAAGUACAUUUCUGAAGUACAUUUGCAUAUUACAGGUAUAUUCCAAAAUUAAUUCAUGACCAAAUUAACACUUUAGAAAGAUUUGAAAUAUUCUGUAAUGCUUCUUCUCACGCUUUCUUUUAAGUCCACAUCCGUCCUACAUGAUUUUUAGGGUUACAUAGCCUACAGUAAAUGGCUACAGUAAGUUUUGUUAUGUUGUUGCAAUGAAAUAAUUUUUUUCAAUAAUUUUAUUUUUGAUAUUAAAUAAAUUUUAUUCAUUUCAAUGGCACAUAAAAUUGUCUACUUGAAAUAGUUUAUAGCCUAUACCUUACACACUCUCCUUAUAUUUUAUUUAUCCACAUACAUUUCUGUAUGUGUAGCGCCAUCUGCUGGACAAUU